UAGAAUACCUUAUUUUUUGUAUAAUUACAUUAAAAAAAUUAUAGCCCUAAUGUUUGUACUUUCUUUUUCUAGCUAAAGUAAUUUUUGUGUAUUUUUUUUAAGUAUGUUUCCGUCAAAAACCAACUUAUUUCAUUACAUAAAAAAGUUUGUAUUGUGACUUGUUUUUGGGACAUGUAUAGUUCAAAAUAAUUUCAAGCCACGCACUAGGUUACUAAUCUGUCAAUUUUCUAUAAAAUAAAUAUAUAUUUUUUUAACUUGAAGGUCAAUACUUCAUGAGAGUUUGUGUAAAUUUAAGAAAAAAAAAAUAGGUGAUUAUUUCUUCAUUCACUUCGUUCGCUCGUGAAAUAAAAUCUUCAAAUUACAUAAACGAAACGAAUGAUUUUAAUUUGUUCAAAAACGCGUUGAGUAUUUAAAAAAAAAAGAUUUCACAAACAUUUGAAUAUCAAAUAUUCGUAUCUUAUCUCGCGGGAAAGGAAGUUUGGGUUUUACAUUAAAAGGAGUGUCUGAAUUAACACAUCACAUGUAAUAAAAUUUAUUAAAAUGUGGUUCGAUUUGGGACGAAGUGAGGGGUUUCCAACCCAGUACCCCCCUAAACCAACCCCCGUCACCGUCGACGUCCUAGAAUCCGGUUUUAUUGCCGCUUUUAUCAUUCUCUUACUUUCUUUCCUCAUCGUUUUACCAACGUUUGAUUUAAAAAAGACUUUGGCCCGAUUGGUUCGAGUAACACUCCUUCUAACAAUCGGUGUCUGCCUCCUCCUUGGAAAUUUCGGCCAGGAAUGGGAAGUGGGGCACAUCAGGACUAGAACCCCCUACAAAGCCGGCUCCUCGGCCGAAAUCAACGCCUCCAUUGGCGUCAAAAUCGGUCUCAGGAGCGUCAACGUGACCCUAAAAUCCGAUCAAGUGCCCCCCACCCUCGCAAACGAGAUAAUCAACUACAAUGAGAGGUUUUCGUGGACUUGGGACCAAGGCCGGUUUGGGUAUGGCCCCUACGCGGGACACCUGCAACAGGAGUUCCGCGCGGCGCAAUACAGGGGGCUCCCAACCCCGAUUUUGUGGGUCGUGGAUUAUUUUGUAAUAGAUGGGGAGGGCUUCCGCUUUGGGAGAUUCUACAGGACGGCGGGGUGGUACUCCCAUGUGGCUCUAUGGUGUGCUUUUGCCUGCUGGUUGCUGUCUUUGUUGUUAUUCAGAUCGGUUAUUUUGUAUGGGGGCUACUGUUUAGCGGCUUGUGGGGCUCUCCAACUCACGGCGAAUUUAAUUUGGUUACUUGUGAGAAACCCCAUUCCUUUGGUGAUUCCCUUUGAGGAUGCGACGAUUACGACCAAGUUUGGGGCUAGUUAUUGGGUGACUUUUAGUUCAGGGAUUUUGUGUUUAGUGAUUGCAACAAUUGUUACUUUAGUUGAUAUAAAAUACCACACCCAUCUUUAUACUUUCUUUGGAGUUGAUCCACUUAACAGUUACGACGAAAUUGCAUAUAUAACCAAAAAUGAAGAAAUGCAAUUAAGAACAAAGAAACUAUCAAGUGACAUGCCUCUUGUCUCCAUGCGUUCCUCUAGAGACGAAGACGACGUCGAAUACGUUCCUGUCCUUAAGCGCAACACGCGAGUCUUUGGCCCCCCUGUUGUUAGAAGUAACAAACCCAAACAUCUUAUUUGAACGUUUUUUCAUUAAACAAUUCGUAACAAAUUAAAUAUUCACAUUUUUAAAC